AUGCCUGUAAAUAGUCGAAACUCCAGUGGGGAGCGGCGUGUGAGUUACUGGGGUGGUGGUGCGGUUGAAUACAAAGUCCUUCUCGCCAACGUGUUCUUCCCACCGCCAUUAAUGUUGGUUGGUUCCACAGCUGCGCUGACGACGUUGGAGGCGAAGGCUGAAGCGUGCGAGCAGCGGCGGUGUCGACAGAAUGCAGAAAGAGAAGCCGUAAAAAAAAAAAAAGAUGAAACUAUUUCUGAGGUUGGCACCGGCCAAGCAGUAAAUGGAAUGAAGCCCCAUCAGUGUCCGUUCCUUCUUUCCCCACUCCUCUACUUACGCUUUCUUUCUUUCUUUCUUUCUUUCUUUCUUUCUUUCUUUCUUUCUUUUCAUUCCCUUUCAUCUUUUCGCCCUUUCCUCUUCCCUAUCCCUUUUUUUGUCUUCCCUUCCUUCCUCCGCCUUUUUAUCUCCCUUUUCAGAAUCUCAUUCACCAAAUCGUAUAUAAUUCCGUUCCACUUUUCUCAACUUGCCGUCAUCACCCUUUUUUUCUCCUCCCUUGAUAAACAUGAACCACAUUGUCGUCUUCCCGGCAUAUCCUUUACUGUGCCUCAAGGCUAA